GUUUUAGACGUGCUGUGCGGCUACAAUGGCACAAUAUUCGCGUACGGUCAGACCUCGUCGGGCAAGACGCACACCAUGGAGGGUGUCAUCGGCGACGCCCACAAGCAGGGCAUCAUUCCGCGCAUCGUCAACGACAUCUUCAACCACAUCUACGCCAUGGAGGAGAACCUCGAGUUCCACAUCAAGGUCUCCUACUUCGAGAUCUACAUGGACAAGAUUCGCGAUCUCUUAGAUGUGUCGAAGGUGAACCUAAGCGUGCACGAGGACAAGAACCGGGUGCCGUUUGUGAAGGGCGCCACGGAGCGGUUUGUGUCGAGUCCCGAUGAGGUGUUUGAAGUAAUCGAAGAGGGCAAAGCCAACCGCCAUAUAGCCGUCACCAACAUGAACGAACACAGCUCGAGAAGUCACAGCGUUUUCCUCAUCAACGUCAAGCAAGAAAAUCUGGAAAACGAGAAAAAGCUGUCCGGAAAACUGUAUCUUGUGGAUUUGGCUGGUAGUGAAAAGGUGAGCAAAACCGGCGCUGAAGGAACAGUGCUAGACGAGGCUAAGAACAUCAACAAAUCUCUGUCGGCUCUGGGCAACGUCAUCUCAGCGCUGGCUGACGGCAACAAAACGCACAUUCCCUAUCGAGACUCGAAGCUGACGCGUAUUCUGCAGGAGUCACUCGGAGGCAACGCGAGGACCACCAUCAUCAUAUGCUGCUCUCCCGCCUCCUUCAACGAGAGUGAGACAAAGUCUACCUUGGAUUUUGGCAGAAGGGCGAAGACAAUAAAGAACGUGGUGACCGUGAACGAGGAGCUGACCGCAGAAGAGUGGAAACGUCGCUACGAAAAGGAGAAAGAGAAAGUGGGCAGACUGAAGGGAAAACUGGAAAAACUCGAGACCGAAUUGAGCAGAUGGCGCCAGGGUGAGACAGUGUCCACUGAAGACCAGGUGAAUCUACAGGAGCCUAUGGAAGUGGUCACCCCUGUUGCUAGUGCCCCAGAAAUCAAGAAGGACGUCCUUCUGGGUCCCAUCCCAGCGACGCCUGGUGCAGGCAUCAUGCUUGGAUCUCUGUCCAACGAAGAGCGACAAAAGCUGGAGGAAGAGAGAGAGCGCCUCUACCAGCAGCUAGACGAGAAGGAUGAAGAGAUCAACCAGCAGUCGCAGUUCGUCGAGAAGCUCAAGGAACAGAUGAUGGAACAGGAGGAGCUGAUCGCCUCCACGCGCCGUGACUACGAGCAGCUGCAGCAGGAGAUGAACCGCAUCACGCAGGAGAACGAGAGCGCCAAGGAGGAAGUGAAAGAGGUGCUGCAGGCCCUCGAAGAGUUGGCCGUCAACUACGACCAGAAGAGUCAGGAAGUGGAGACUAAGAACAAGGAGAAUGAGACGCUCACUGAGGAGUUGAUGCAGAAACAGACAUCUCUGAACACAACUUCCUCGGAACUGCAGCAACUGAAGGACAUGUCGACCCACCAGCGCAGACGAAUCACCGAGAUGCUCACCAACCUACUCAAGGAUCUCAGCGAGAUCGGCGUCGCCAUUGGCGGAGAGGGAGAGAUCAAGUUGAACCCAGACAGCAAUGGCAAAAUAGAGGAGGAAUUCACGGUGGCUAGACUCUAUAUCUCGAAAAUGAAGUCUGAAGUCAAGAAUCUGGUGCAAAGGUGUCAGGGAAUGGAAACAUAUCAGGGAGACUGCAAUAAGAAGAUCAGCGAGUACGAGAAAGACCUGAGCGAAUGUCGGCUUUUGAUCUCGCAACACGAGGCUCGAAUGAAGUCGUUGCAGGAGUCGAUGAGGGAGGCUGAGAACAAGAAGAGGACCCUCGAGGAGCAGGUGGAUGCCCUACAAGAGGAGUGUGCGAAGAUGAAGGCUGCUGAACAAGUGCACGCAGUUUCGUCGAAAGAGAAGGCCGAAGAGAAAGAGAAGGCGACAACUAUGCGAGUGGCCUUGGAGCAGCAGAUGGAUCAGCUGAGAGACGCCCAUCAGAAACAGGUGGCCAACCUGCGAGAUGAGAUCAGCGACAAGCAGACGGUGAUCAACGAGCUCAAAGAUCAGAAUCAGAAGUACGAGUUGGCCCAUCAACAGUUGCAACAGGAGUACGAGAAACUCAAACAGGAUGAGACCGAGAAGAGCAACAAACUUCAGGAGUUGAUCCUGAUCAACGAGCGCCGCGAACAGGCCAGGAAGGACCUGAAGGGACUGGAGGACACCGUCGCCAAGGAGUUGCAGACUCUGCACAAUCUCCGAAAACUGUUUGUGCAGGACUUGCAGGCCAGGAUCAAGAAGUCUGUGAACGCCGAAGACAACGAGGAUGAUGGUGGGUCUUUGGCCCAAAAACAGAAAAUCUCGUUCUUGGAGAACAACUUGGAUCAGCUGACUAAAGUGCACAAACAGUUGGUCAGAGAUAAUGCGGACCUCAGAUGUGAACUGCCCAAGCUGGAGAAGCGUUUGAGGGCUACCAUGGAACGGGUCAAGGCCCUAGAAACGGCACUAAAGGAGGCGAAGGAAGGAGCCAUGCGUGACCGCAAACGCUACCAGUAUGAGGUGGAUCGUAUCAAGGAGGCAGUGAGGCAGAAAAACUUGGCGCGGCGCGGCCCCAGUGCACAAAUUGCGAAACCGAUCCGCGCCGGCCAGCACCACAGCAGUAUUGUGACUGGAGGUGGAGCGGUGACGGUGCAGGGCGGAGGCGGGGGAGUGGUGCGACCGGUGGCGGUUACUGGCGGUCAGCAGGGCGGUCAGUGGCGACCGCGCAGUGUGCACGAGGACGACGAACGACAGUCGGCCAGGUGGCGACAGCAGUGAUACAACUGAACCCCAGAUCCUCCCAACAUCCUGAAUCAUCUCAAUCAUCAUCAUCAUCUUUCGGACCACGGUUGCUUCAUCCGCCAUCUGGUGGAAAGAUGAUGAAACGUCAACAAAAUGGCUCCGCUCUGACAACGAGAUCCGUUCACGUUGUUUGCACCGCUGUUGUUAUCACGACAACAAUAGUUGUUGUUGUUGUGGCUGUGGUUGUUGUCCGUGUAUUUGUCACAGCCUUCUCGAUAGCAAGCGCUGCUCUAAUUGCUGCUCUAUAGCUGCUGAUUAAAAUAUUGUGGUGGCACUGGAAAAAUUGUGUUUGGAAUACAGUGGUUGCGCUGAUUGAAUUGGGAAAUUUUGAUUUGAAAUACUGUAGUUGCGCUGAUUGAAUUGGGAAAUUUUUAUUUGAAAUACUGUAGUUGCGCUGAUUGUAACGGGAAAUUCUAAUUUGAAAUACCUACUUUAGUUGUGCUGAUUGAAAUGUGAAAUUUUGAUUUGAAAAUACUGUAGUUGCACUGAUUGAAAUGGGAAAUUUCGAUUUGAAAUACUGUAGUCGUUGCGCCACUACCUCCGUAAACAAAGGCGUAGUGCAUUCGUGUGACGUCAGCACAGGUAGGGCUCAUACACCAAUGAAAUAAAAAACACUAGCUGAUAUAGAUCAGCUGAAAUCAACGAAUUUCUAUUGGUGUAGGAGCCCUACCUGUGCUGACGUCACACGAAUGCACUACGGCUUUGUUUAGGGAAGUAGUGGCGCAACUACAGUAUUUCAAAUCAAAAUUUCAGAGGUAGUGGUUGCGCUGAUUGAAAUGGGAAAUUUUGGUUUGAAAUACUGUAGUUGCGCUGAUUGAAACGGGAAUUUUUUUGAAAAUAUUGUAUUUGCGAUGAUUGAAAUGGGAAAUUUUGAUUUGAAAUACUUUAGUUGUGCUGAUUGAAAUGGGAAAUUUUGAUUUGAAAUA